AUGACAUCAUUAAUAGACAAAAUUGAGCAAUUAAUUAAAAGGGAAAAAACAACACCUGAUCGCAAAAAAGAUGAUACCAAAAAAUCUUCGAAUGAAAUACUCUCCGAACUAUUUAGUGCUUUUAAUGCAGACCCACCUAAGUUAGAAAAUAUAACGUCUAAGAAAUCAAAGAAAAGCAAGAAGAAACACAAGAAAGAAAAGAAAAAACGCAGCCGAAGUUCGAGUAGUAGUGAUUCCGAUGGCGAUUACUCUCGCAAACAUAAAAAGCGGAAAAAAAGUAAAUCAAAAAAGAACAGAGUAGCUCGCACCCCACCAGUUCAUCGAAUUAAGGAGCCAGUUAAGGUAAAGUCUGAAAGUGAUACAAAAAAAAAAUCUGAACCCAUUGUUAAACGUGAACCUCAACUUAAAGAAGAGUAUAGAAUAAAGCGCGAAGAAAGGACUAAAGUUAUAAAAAAAAGUGCGAGUGUUGAGCGUAGCUUAUCACCACCACUUGAAGCACUUGAUGCAAGCCUUAUUCCCAUGCCAGAAUAUCCAAAAGAUGAAAAACUUGAUUCUAGCGAUCUGCGUCAUAAGCUUGAGAAAAAAAGUGAUUCGGAAAAUGACAAAGCCAAAGGUAAAAUUCAAAUUAAGAAUUUGAAAUUCAGUGCUGUCUUUGAAGAGACGGUUAAGAAAGCUGAAGAAGAGGCUAGGAAAAAAGCUGAGAAAGUAGAGGAUGGAGAGUAUACAGAUACGUCCAGUAGCUCAGAGAAAGAUGAUGACUCUAAUUCGCAAUUCCCUAAGUCAUCAGACCCAGGUGGAAUAUUAAAAAAAGCAGCAGAGGAUAUAAAACUUCCUGAUGCAGAUGAAAAGUUAUCAAAGAAACCUAAAAGUGAUAGCUCACAUAAGUUAUCUAAAAGAGACAGGAGUAAAUCCAAAGGAAGGUCCGACAGUAAGAAACGCUCAAGGUCUCGUUCACCAUCUCGCCGGCAUAGACAUAGAUCAAGCUCAAGAUCUAGACGGAGAAGCCACUCCAAGAGUUCCAGGAGACGAAGAUCUGAAUCUAAGUCUAGAUGGAAGACCAGGUCGAGAAGCAGACAUAGGUCCACAUCAAGAAGCAGACAUAGGUCCACAUCAAGAAGUCGGCACUAUCCUAGACAUCCAUCCCCUCGGCAUAGAAGUAGUAGAAGCGGUGUGAAGUUAGCGGACAGUGAGAAGAAACGCCUGCUGGAAGUGGCAAGGCGUAAUGCCAUCAAUAUGCUGAAGAAUGGUGCAGUCCCAGCUGGGGCAGCUGCUCUUCCGCCACACACAAGAAAUCAGGUCAUGGCUGCUAUACAGUCUGGAGGUAAAUCGGUGGACGAAUUAACCGAUUUCUGCAAGCAUCUAUCGAAAAAGGAGGCUCUUGGUGAAUUAUCGUCUGUAUCGUCCAACGAGGGCGACAGCGACAACGAGGACACUAUUGCUUUCCACCAUCCAUUUCUUGUUAAGGAGAAAGCGCCCAUAGUUAUGAAUAUAAGGGGUGGAGCGCCACUCCCAUUAAAGUCGAGUACAUUGCCCAUAGCCAACAAGGACGAACUAAGGCUUCAGUUUCCGGUCUCUUCCGGAAGUCAGCAUCGGGAGAAAGCCUCUGAAUGGGUUCCUGUUUCGCCUAAAAAGGAUAAUAUGCAAAUUGCGAAGCUGAAUUCUAAACCGGAAAAACUUCAAUUGGGUUUCGAUCCUAUUAACAAUAAAAAAGACGAACCCCUGGCAUUACCGGCUCCAUCGACGACGCCUCCGGCCUAUAUGAAGAGUUUUACUACGGGAAGUCAUUUGACCUCAGUUCCGGCUUUGAUGCCUCCCGGACCUCAAGUAAUGCCCGCAGAUCAUCCAGCUGUGGACAUGGCCGCUAUCGUUACUCAAAAGCUCUCUUUGCUGCGCAAGGAACAAGAAGAAAUUGAAUUGACUACAACUAGUGGUUUCGGUUGGUCAGCUAGUUCUCUGCCGUCAACGAAUUCUCUCGGUCAGUUUACGGGGUCGACAGGAGCAAACAUACUCACGCCGAGAGAACUCGCUUCGGGGAGUCAGGCUUGGGCUAAGAAGGACCAACUCGUUCGAGCUGCCCCGGUCGAGGGGGGUAUGGGGAUGCACCUUCUCCAGAAGAUGGGUUGGACUCCCGGCAAAGGCCUGGGUAAGGAGGAAUCUGGGACGUUGCAGCCUCUUUUACUUGAGGUCAAGUUGGAUACAAGAGGUUUACAGGCUAAGGAAGAGGUCAGUAGCCGAUAUUAUAAAGGAAUGAAACAAAGUAGGAUGGGCAGACGAGGCCCAGCGCCACUGAUAGCGGGUGGAAAGCACCCGGUCUCUUUGCUCGGGGAAUAUUGUUCUAAGCACAAGUUGGGGCCUCCAGAAUACAACCUCUGUUUCGAAUGUGGUCCGGAUCAUAAGAAAAACUUCCUUUUUAGGGUAAAAGUGGCUGGGGUGGAAUAUCAACCAGCUAUUGCGAGUGCGAAUAAGAAACAAGCGAAAGCCGAUGCGGCUCAACUAGCUUUACAGAAACUUGGCCAGAGACAACAUAACCGGUUAGCAGAUGGCCAGUUGCAGGUCAGCGGGAUGCACUUGGCAGAUAUUGACAGUCAUGGUGGGCCCCGAAGUUUAUUAAAAAGUUGUUGA